AUCGUGCAACACAUAGCAAUUGACCGCAAGAAUCACAAACAUUCAAUUCUAUACACAGUAAAGUUUGAGUGUUCAGAAUCCUCUUCCGUGUUUUUACUGACACUGACGCUGGAGCGAGUACAAGCCCCUGAUCAGAGCACACUAGAUAGUGAAUCUCCCUUAUAUGGUCCUUCGAGCCAGAUAGGAAAACCUCCUAACAAAAUGGAGCCCAGCCUAGCCGAACCAAACCCAGCCAGAAUCAUGGGGACCCUGGGAAUGGAGGAAUUGAUCCCCCUGAUUAACAGACUCCAAGACGUGUUCAGUUCCACAGGGCGGUGCUGCUCCUUUGAUCUGCCGCAGAUCGCCGUGGUGGGAGAACAGAGCUCCGGAAAGAGCUCGGUUCUGGAAAAUUUAGUCGUCAGGGAUUUUCUCCCUCGUGGCUCAGGGAUCGUCAGCAGGCCUCUGGUUCUGCAGCUAAUCAACAACAAAGCAGAGUAUGCUGAGUUCUUGCACUGUAAAGGGAAGAAGUUUGUGGACUAAGAAGUCCGGACAGAGAUCGAGGCCGAGACGGACAGGAUCACGGGUUCGAAUAAGGGGAAUCUCCCCAUUCCCAUCAACCUGAGAGUCUACUCGCCUAACGUGUUGAACCUGACUCUCAUCGACCUACCAGAGAUGACCAAGGUUGCCGUUGGCGACCAGCUGGUGGACAUCGAGCACCAGAUCCGAGACAUGCUUUUGCAGUUCAUCACUAAUGACAGCUGUCUGAUCCUGGCAGUCACACCGGCCAACACUGACCUGGCCAACUCGGACACUCUGAAGAUAGCCAAGGAAGUGGAUCCUCAGGGUCUCCGCACCAUUGGUGUGAUCACCAAGCUGGAUCUGAUGGACGAAGAAACGGACGCACAAGACAUUCUGGAUAACAAACUGCUCCCACUGCGCAGAGGCUACAUCGGUGUAGUGAACUGUUGUCAGAAAGACAUUGAUUGCAGGAAGGACAUCCGCGUCACUCUGGCUGCAGAGAGGAAGUUCUUCUUGUCUCACCCCGCUUACAGACACAUGGCAGAGAAAAUGGGAACGCGGCACCUGCAGAAGACCCUCAACCAGCAAUUGACUAACCACAUCCAGGACACGCUGCCUGGUUUGCGCAGUAAGUUACAGUCACAGCUCCUGUCUCUGGAGAAACAGUUGGAGGAGUACAAGAACUUCCGUCCUGACGACCCAACAUACAAGACCAAGGCUCUGCUGCAGAUGGUGCAGCAGUUUGGUGUGGACUUCGAGAAGUGUUUCGAGGGACCACUGUCCGGUGGUGCCAGGAUCAACCGCAUCUUCCACGAGCGCUUUCCUUUCGAGCUGAACAAGAUUGUGUUUGAUGAGAAGGAGCUGCGGCGAGAGAUCAGUCACGCCAUAAAGAACAUCCACGGAGUCAGAUCUGUCCUGUUCUCCCCCGACCCGGCGUUCAAAGUCAUCGUGAAAAAGCAGAUCAUAAAGCUGAAAAAGCCCUGUCUCCAAUGUAUCGAUCUGGUGAUUCAGGAGCUCAUCAACACAGUCAGGCAGUGCUCCAACAAGCUGAAUUCGUACCCUCGGCUGAGGGAGGAGACUGAGAGAAUUGUCACUACAUACGUGAAAGAGCAAGAGGGCAAGACAAAGAGCCAGGUUCUGUUGCUGAUCGACAUCGAGCUGUCAUACAUCAACACCAACCAUGAUGACUUCAUCGGAUUCCCCAACGACAUUGUGAUCCGCAAAGGCUGGCUCACCAACAUCAGCUUCAUGAAGGGAGGAUCCAAGGAGUACUGGUUCGUCCUGACAGCUGAGUCUCUGUCCUGGUACAAGGAUGAAGAGGAAAAAAAAAAGAAAUACAUGCUCCCUCUGGACAACCUGAAGAUCCGAGACGUGGAGAAAGGCUUCAUGUCUACUAAACACACAUUUGCUAUCAGCUCACAGCAAAGGAACGUUUGUAAAGACCUGCGGCAGUUCGAGCUGAUGUGCGGUUCCCAGGAGGAGGUGGACAGCUGGAAGGCCUCGUUCCUCCAUGUGGGCGUGUACCCUGAGAAAGAUCAGGCCAUGGGCGAUGACGGAGCUCCAGUGGACACCUUCUCCAUGGACCCUCAGCUGGAGAGGCAGGUGACAAUGAUCCGUAACCUGGUGGACUCCUACAUCAGCAUCGUCAAGAAGACCAUCAGAGACCUGAUGCCCAAGACCAUCAUGCACAUCAUGAUUAACAGUGUGAAGGACUUCAUACACUCUAAGCUGCUGGCCUACCUGUACUCUUCAGGAGACCAGAACAGUCUGAUGGAUGAGUCGGCCGAUCAGGCUCAGAAAAGGGACGAGAUGCUUCACGUGUACCAUGCCCUCAAGGAGGCGCUCACCAUCAUCGAUGACAUCAGCACCACCAGUAAGACAGCCAAAGACCUCCUGGUGCUCCCACCGGGUCCAACAUAAUCCGCCCUGCUGAGCCCUAGACUGGACUAGAGACUAGACCUCCACUACAUUUUUGUUUGUUUGUUUUUAAACAAUAAACUCGGUUGCAAAAGGA